AAGACCCAUCAAAACAGCUAUAAUCGUUUCUUAAACAUCGACUUAAUCCUCUCUCUUUUCCCCCCAAUCCACACUAUAAUCCACAGCUCCGUAGAACUCUCUAUCUUCCCGGAUCUGAAAAACAGUGGAAUAUCAGUCGCCGAUAGACACUUGGAUGAGAAUUUUCUGACACUUUCUCGAAGAAGAAAUGCGUAGCCGGGGAUCGCAAAGCCGGCUAUCUGGUCACACUUUUGGAUCUCGAGUUUCAGUUCUCAUGUUCGCCAUGGUUGCUACCAUGGCAACUAUUUACGUUGCCGGCCGGCUAUGGCAGGACGCGGAAAGUAGGGUAUAUUUAAUUGAAGAGCUUGAAAAAAGAACUGAUCAGGGUCAUUCUGCCGUAUCUGUUGAUGAUACACUGAAAAUUAUAGCCUGCAGGGAACAACAAAAGAAGUUAUCCGCCCUAGAGAUGGAACUAGCUACAGCUAGACAAGAAGGUUUUGUUCCAAAGCACUUGUCAGGAAAUGAUGGGAAGCAUCCUAAAAAGAAGGUACUUUCAGUUAUGGGAGUAAUGACAACCUUUGGCCGAAGAAAGAACCGAGAUGCAAUCCGUAAGGCAUGGAUGCCAACAGGUACAACUAUGAAAAAACUGGCUGAUCAGAAAGGCAUCAUUGUGCGAUUUGUAAUAGGAAGAAGUGCAAAUCAUGGAGACAGUUUGGACAAAGAAAUUGAAACAGAAAGCAGUCAGACCAAUGACUUCAUCAUUCUUGAUAAUCAUGUCGAGGCACCUGAAGAGAAAGCAAAAAAGAUAAAAUCAUUCUUCGUUUAUGCAGUUGAUAACUGGGAUGCUGAAUUUUAUGCUAAGGUCAAUGAUGAUGUCUACGUUAAUCUUGAUGCCCUUGGAGGAGUACUAACUUCUCAUUUGGAUAAGCCCCGUGUUUAUAUUGGUUGUAUGAAAUCAGGCGAAGUUUUCUCUGAACCGACACAUAAAUGGUAUGAGCCCGACUGGUGGAAAUUUGGCGAUGGAAAAUCAUACUUUCGACAUGCUUCGGACGAGGUCUAUGUCAUUUCAAAAGCAUUGGCUCAGUUUAUUUCAAUAAACAGAUUUAUUCUUCGUACAUAUGCACAUGAUGACGUAAGCACUGGAUCAUGGUUUAUUGGGAUUGAUGUGAUGCACAUUGAUGAAAGGAAGUUUUGCUGCACCUCCUGGGACUCAGGGGCAAUAUGUGCAGCAGUAUGACGACUUGCCACUGACAUUUUGAGUGACAUAGGAAGGAUGUAUAGCAAACAGAAUCCUGUUACUUCGUUCGUCAUCAUUUUUGCUUCAGGUGAUUUUCCAUUCUGAUAAUUUUCAACCAGAAGUUGAUUCUGCCACUUGAAGGCGGGGAGCUGGCUGUUAGGAGCUCUGUGACAAUAAAUUCUUACAAACAUGCUCCUCAGGAUUGUUCAAAGUUAUUGAGAAAUGGGCAUCAUGCUUGUUUGAUUUUGAGAAACUGAUUCUUCUCCAUUUAAUUAUGUAAUAUAAAUAGCUUCGCCUAUCAUUUUUACUCCAUGGGAUAAAUGAAAUAUAUUCUUAUGGUAAUUUUAU